AUGAAAGUGAUCACCGCCAACUUCGUGACAUGCGCCGUGAAGGAAUGCAAGACAUCCCCAGCCUCAUUCCCAUUACAUUUCCAAGAUGCCGAGCUAGAGCAACAGGAGCUGGAUCUGCAGCCUGAGUUCAUCCGCAACAUCCUUCCCCGCAUCGACUGGCCAGCCCUCCGGGCCACCGCCAACGAGCUUGGAUUCCCCAGUCUUCCUGAAGCGAAACCCGAGGGUGAGGCGCUCGAGAAUGAGCAGACAUUGAAGGACUUGCACAGACUGCUGCUCGAGACGCAAGUCACGGAAGGGAAAUUGGUCUGUGGGAACUGCGGUCAUCAAUACACUAUCAAGGAAGGAAUUGCGAACUUCCUGCUUCCUAGCCACCUUGUCUGA